CCCACACCCCACAGCAGCCAUGGAGGCCAUCAAGAAGAAGAUGCAGAUGCUGAAGCUGGACAAGGAGAACGCCAUCGACCGCGCCGAACAGGCCGAGGUGGACAAAAAAGCCGCUGAGGACAAGUGCAAGCAAGUGGAAGAGGAGCUAACGCACCUCCAGAAGAAACUGAAGGGCGCGGAGGACGAGCUGGACAGGCACUCUGAGGACCUGAAGGACGCGCACGAGAAGCUAGAGCAGGCGGAGAAGAAAGCCUCGGAUGCUGAAGGAGAUGUGGCUGCUCUUAACCGCCGCAUCCAGCUGGUGGAGGAGGAGCUGGACCGGGCCCAGGAGCGACUGGCCACAGCCCUGCAGAAGCUGGAGGAGGCGGAGAAGGCUGCAGAUGAGAGCGAAAGGGGCAUGAAGGUGAUAGAGAACCGAGCCAUGAAAGACGAGGAGAAGAUGGAGAUCCAGGAGAUGCAGCUCAAAGAGGCCAAGCAUAUCGCUGAGGAGGCUGACCGGAAGUACGAGGAGGUAGCACGCAAGUUGGUCAUCCUGGAGGGCGAGCUGGAGAGAGCAGAGGAGCGUGCGGAGGUGUCUGAACUAAAGUGUGGCGACCUGGAGGAGGAGCUCAAGAACGUCACUAACAACCUGAAGUCCCUGGAGGCUGCAUCUGAAAAGUAUUCUGAAAAGGAGGAUAAAUAUGAAGAAGAAAUUAAGCUUCUGUCUGACAAACUGAAGGAGGCUGAGACCCGAGCUGAGUUUGCAGAGAGGACAGUUUCCAAACUGGAGAAGACAAUCGAUGACCUGGAAGAAAAACUUGCCCAGGCCAAAGAAGAGAAUGUGGGCUUACAUCAGACACUGGAUCAGACACUAAACGAACUUAACUGUAUAUAACCCAAACUAGAAGAGUCCUGUUCUGACAUCAACUCGACUCCAGAGAGUGUGCGGUGUCUUCCUCUCCUAUAAGAAGUUCCUCUUGUUACUGUGUCUCCACCUUGCUGGAUGGAAAUGCCAAGCACAUAAUGAAUUCAUGACCAAAUAUUUUGUAUCAGACAAGCUUUGAGCACCAUUUAAGUUUCUUUCCUUUUCUUUUCAAAUGGCACCAGCUUCUUUAGCUAGUCUUAUUCUUAAAUUGCAUUUAUUCCUAAAAUAGGCAGGGAAUUUCACACUGAGUGUAGUUGCUUAAGGCUGAGGGCAUUUGGUUUCUGGGAAUUAGCAGCCCCACACUUUAAAGCACAAGCUCAAGUAUCUGAUAGUGUCUGGUCACUGUUGGGGAAGUUAUGGGAGGCUGGGGGUUGCUACAAGGAAAAGUGGGAAUUUUUCACCCAGAGCAAAAAUUAAAAACAGACUAGCAUGGGAAGUCAAACGGUAGAUUGGCCUGAUGAUGCUGAGUCGGCUCCACACUCCACUGUGCAGAACAAACUUCCUUUAAGCAUUCCAAGUGAGGGUGUGAAGUGAUUGCCCAUCUGUCAUCCAGUAGAGCCUUGAUGCUGUUCCAUGCACAUUUUCCUUUCACUCCAAAAGUGUUCUCUGAGGAGCAAGUGUCUUAUUCCAGGACUCGUCUGCUGUGGUCUAAUGACAUGCUCAGAGAGCCCGUGACAGAGUCCAAUCCUUUCCAGAUCAGCCAUGUCAAAGCCAGGCACAGUGGUGCACACCUUUAGGCCCAGCACUCGGGAGGCAGAGGCAGGUGGGUCUCUCUGAUUUCCAGGCCAGUCUGGUCUACUGGCCUGGAACAAAAGGACUGCUAGUCAUUAAUACAGACAACUGUUGGGCAACAAAAGGUCUCUCUGGCAGCACAGUGAUAGAAAAAGAAAUUGGUUUAAAACCUUCAUCUCCAUUGUUCAGGGAACAACAAAUGGAAGCUUGACUUUGCCAAGACUUGAAUUCCUUCGGGAAUGACACUAAUAAAAGACCAAGAAACCCCUGAUUGAACUGGAUGUGGAGUAUUCUGUAGGCUGCACAUUAUUUUGGGUUUAUUGUAGUUUUGCUUUCUAAGUUACCAUCUCAGACUGAAACAUUCCACAUUCCCUAGCAGUGUGGGGACAAGUCAAGUUUACAAUUCCACUGAAAAUCACCCUGCUUCUAGCUUAUCUGGACCCCGCCCUCACUCCUAUUUAUUAAGCAUCACACUACCAGGAAGAUGAACUUUUAGCAAACUGUGCAAUUGAAUAAAACCUACUCUGUUCUUUAGAUUCUUGCAAUUGUAUAUGUGAUAAUAUCACUUUUUCUACAUUUUGGUCAAAUAAAUUUUUACAUAAACAAUA